CAGACGGGACCGACUGGCGCGUUCUGGGGGCGCUGCGGCGGCGAACCCCGCGCAGAGCGGAGCGGCCGCCGGAGAUGCCUGACGUCUCCGUGUGAGCUGCGGCCAGCGGCGCGAUGGACCGGGCCAGCGGCGCAGUGGCGGAGGGAGGCAGGCGGAGGAUGGACGCCGUCCGGCGCGGCCUCUGCCACGCGGCAGCCCCCUCCACGCAGCACAAUGCGGAGGGCGAGGAGGCGGGCGCUUUGUGCUGGGGCGACGCCUGCGUUCGCAGUCCGCCCGCCAGAGCACCCCAAAGAGCGAGGGACCGCCUGCCCCAGCGACGGCCCGAGCAGCAGGCGCCCGAGGCGGCGGUGCAGGUGAAGCGGCGCAGGACGGCCUCGCUGGGCGCGCGCGUGUGCCCGCUGAACCCGCGGCCAUCCCCGCGGCAGCCCGCGCCCCUCGUGGACUUCCUGGACUUCCAGGCCGAGCUGCGCCAGGCCUUCCUGGCCGAGACGCCCCGGGGCGGCUAGAGCCCCUCCCGACGCCGACGCCGAGCGGAGAGCAGGUUUGAGCCGCAGGCACGGUCCGCAGGGCGGGCGGGCGUCCCUCAGGAGCACUGGGGGGUCACAGGAGCAGGACACGUCCCUCCGGCCGGCCGCACGCGGGUGGGGGCUCCAGCUCCACGGCACCAUGACGCGGAAGCACACAGACGCCCGCUGAGUGUCUUGCUAAUGAAUGUUCUAGAAUCCUCCGCCGGUGAGAUUCGAUCCUUGUGCUGGCAGUUUGCAUAGAGCAGUGCCUUGCUUUGCGUUAAAUGGUCGGUGCGGGGGUGCGGGGUGCAGGUGCACAGGAGCCAGACGCUGCGCACAGUUGCUGAGGCGCCUGCACGGGCGCCGAGCCUCCUGGCCAGGCAGGCGCCGCCCUGCUUAGCGUAGCCCCGCCCCCGGGGGCGCCCCGCCCCGAGCAGAGGGGGCCACACCUCCUGCCUUUUGAUUUGCCCUUUCUCUUUCUGUUCGCACCCAUGUAUUUCCAUCAGGUGACGAUGUAAUAAAGACAUUACCUAUGA